GCUAUCUAGUAUAGACGCGUUUUUUGUGCUCUACUUUCAUUGACUUAUGACUCGACCUAAAAUUGGGGCUAGUUGAUUUUGUUUGUUUUUGACUUUCCUUCUGAGUCAGUGAGUGUAUGUGCGUUAUUAUUUUUUGUGCGGAAUCUGGAGGGCGAAGCAUUGCAGCGGACCUUGCCGCCUACUGCUACUCAACAGGUUAGAGUUCGCAAUCAGGUAAGGUUCAAUUCGUUAAUCUGGCAACCCGUAAACCCUCAAUAUGGACCUAAGUGAACCAGAACUAUUCUCUAGUGAAGAGGUACGUUCUAAUACAUCUUCGCAGUUUUAUUCUUUAAAAAAUAAAAGACCUCCACCAUCUGGCAAUUAUCUCAAAAAUAAAAAGAAGAAGAAAGGCAGACCGACUAAAAAUAAUUUGAUGGAUGAAUAUAGAGACCAAAUAGAAGAAAAUUUUAAACCAAAUGAGAUUCUGACAAUUGAGCAGCAGUCAAAGAGUAGCGAUAUGCCACCAUGUUUUAUUACAGCAAACCCAUUUGCUCCAUUAGCGGAGUUGAACGGAGAAAAUAAAACAGCUGAGAUUAAGCAACCUUCCAAACCUGUUAAACCACCACCUAUAUUUCUUAAAAACAUUGUGAACUACUCUGACUUUUGCAAGACAGUGAAAAACCUUGUUGGUAAAAAUGGUUUUACCUGUAAAGCUAGAGUUCAGGAUACAAUAGUUUACGCCCGCUCAGUCGAUGCGUAUCGAACAAUUAUUCGAUAUUUAAAAACACAAAAGGCUGAAUAUCAUACCUAUCAGCUUCAAGAAGAUAAGGCUUUUAGGGUCGUUAUGCGUCACCUUCAUUAUUCUACGCCCCCAGAAUUAAUUAAGGAAGAACUAGAGAACAUUGGCUACAAUGUUAGGAGUGGCCUAUAUAUGGUUUCCAUUUUCGGGGAUGUGGAUAAAAACCAUUUACAACACCAUGGAAAAGACCACAUCCCUAUAGAAUCCAGGGCAAAACACGCCCAGGCUGCUUAUGACCCCACAGUCCAGCACCACCCAAACUCACCCGUCUCCGAGCCACCCCACGCCACGAACGAGUCAAACUAA